AUGCGCAUCACCGCCGCGGUACUCACCUUGGCGGCUGCAGGUGCAUUCGCUGCCCCUUCCCCCAAACCAGCUCCAGUACCUUGGUGCUGGAGGCCUGGCGAGCCGUGCUUCAAGGUAAAGAGAGUUGCGGACGCCUUUGCCGAAGCUAUCAAGACCUCUGGUGGCCUCAAGGAACGUGAGCCCGAAGCCGAGUACAGCAACUCUCCAGGAGGCGCCGCCCACAUUGCCAAGAGACUUGUCAAUGAGCUUGCUCACCUCUCAGCGUUGACAGCUCGCGAGCCUGACCAAUAUUAUCGAGACCUGGGCAUGGAGAGCCAGUUUGAGAGGGACGAACCUCACAACGAGAAGCGAGACGCCGACGCCGACGCCGCCCCGGAGCCAUGGUGCUGGCGUCCAGGCCAGUCCUGCUGGAAGAGAGACCCCAGCAAUGAUCCUGUCCCUGUAAAGGAUAAACGUUGGUGCCAUCGUCCCGGGCAGUCCUGCUGGAAGGCCAAGAGAGCUGCAGAGGCCGUCGUCAGAGCCGUUGAAGACGACUCGCACGAUGAUGGAGGUGAUGCCGGCUCCGGCAACGAAGGCGGACACUUCCCCGACAUCUGCAACGGCCCAGGAAUCUUGUGCUGGAAGAAACGCUCGGCGGCACCCAACCCCGACGCUGAACCCGAAGCCGAACCCGAAGCCGAACCUUGGUGCUGGAGGCCAGGCCAGCCUUGCUGGAAGCGUUCUGCGUCACCAGAUCCCGCACCCAAACCCGAGCCCUGGUGCUGGAGGCCAGGCCAGUCAUGCUGGAAGGCGAAGCGUGAGGCCGAACCAAAACCUGACCCCGAAGCUGAACCCUGGUGUUGGAGACCCGGCCAGCCAUGCUGGAAGGCGAAGCGUGAUCUCCAGGCUCUUCAUGUGGCCGCCCGCAACAUUCUCAACACCUUCGAAUGA